AUGUAUGCCCCAAAAGGAGGUGGUGGUGGGAACGGCGUAGACGGUCCGCUGAACCCCUUUGUCAUCACACCUCCGCCUGCCGAUCAAAAAGAGGAUGAGAUUCCUGGCUACGUCAAGAGAUUCGGAGCCUAUCACACAUUUCUGCCCGCCGGCACACUCCUCCCGCAGGGCUGCAGCUUUGCAAUGCAAGCGACCGUUGACUUUGGCCUGCACUUCCCGACGGGCACCAAGGUACCUGGCGGCUUUCUCUUGCCAGUGUCAGUGGUCAAGAAGGAAGACCCGCCGCCUACGGUCCAUCCGGAGGAGAACCCGGUAUGCUGUAUCCAGUAA